UUGAAUAGGACGCUUUGUGUUGAACAUUCAGUUAAUAUUUUCGCUCUUAAAGACUUAACAUACGCAAAAUGCCUCGGACAAGGAAUAGCUGUACAUCUCUACAAUCUACUAUUGAUUUUCCAGCACGGAAAACGCGUUCAAAAGGCAAAGCUGARUCGAAAUUUGCCACUGGUCUUACCACAUCACCACGGAAGCGAACUGAACGAACCUCAGUGAAAAAACCACUGGUUUCACCAAAGAAAAAGAAAAAUAACAAAGGCCAUGCAGAAGAUGUCUUUUCAGGUGAUGAAAACCAAGUUCACUCAGAUCCCAAGUUAAAAAAGACGGCGAGUCCAGUCCAGUCAACUCCCUUAAGUACCUCUGCUAAUAUAAAACCAUUGAAGAGUGAAACCAGGAGUCCUGWACUGAAACAAAAAACUCCACGCACACCAUCAUCUCAAAAGUUUAAUUGGUUUGAUAGCAAUCCAACACCAUGUACUCCAAAAUCACGAUCUGYGUUAUCAUUAGGAAAAGCACAAGGACUUUGUUAUAGUGCAGUGAAGAAAGCACUCCAUACAGGUGCUCCAAGAAGUGUUCUUUGCAGAGAACAAGAGCAAAAAACCAUUAAAACAUUUCUUCAAAGUCACAUCACAAAGAAGCAACCUGCAAGUUUAUACAUCUCUGGAGCUCCUGGGACUGGUAAAACAGCUUGCCUUACGACGGUUAUGAAGGAACUUGAGGAUAUAAUGGAAGAUUGUCCAACAACAUUUAUUAACUGCAUGACGCUGCAGCAUUCUUACGCUAUAUUUUCAAAAAUCAUUGAAGAUUUUGAAUUCAAAGAAAAAGUAUGUCCAAAGGAUUCCCAAAAAUUBCUCGAAAAGAAAUUCACUUCAUCAGGCCCAAUGAGGAUUCUAAUCCUUGAUGAGUUAGAUCAGUUAGAGACAAAAAAUCAGGAUGUUCUCUACACUAUGUUUGAAUGGCCUUCACUCCCUAAAUCCAAAGUCAUUCUUAUAGGCAUAGCAAAYGCUCUUGACCUGACAGAUAGACUAUUACCAAGACUUCAAGCUAGACCAAAAUGUAAACCUGAAUUGCUUCACUUUUCUCCAUACACAAGGAAUCAAAUYGCAACAAUAUUACAAGACAGAGUUUCACAGAGCCAGGAAAAUGAUGUUAUUCUAGACAAUACUGCAAUACAGUUUUGUGCAAGAAAGGUAGCUGCAGUGGCYGGUGACAUGAGGAAGGCCUUAGACAUUUGCAGGAGAGCAGUUGAAGUUGUUGAGGCUGAYGUAAGAAAGCAACACAUCCUUCAGCCAGUAUCAGAUCGARUGAAUUCACCGCAAAGUGCUUGCAGUCCUGCUCCAACUCCUAAGAAAGUUGGUCUAUCACAUAUUGCUAAUGUUGUAUCUGAUGUSUAUGGGUCAAAAAUCAUGUCAGGGUCAAGCAAAGGUGGUCAGCCUACUAUUCCACUGCAACAAAAACUGUUAAUGUGCACAUUAAUGCUCUCCAUGAAACAAGGAAAGUCUAAAGAAGUCACAAUWGGAAAGCUUCAUGAUUUAUAUAGUAGUGUGUGUAAAAAGCAGCAAAUCACUGAAGUAACACAAGAUGAUUUUAUUGGCUUAUGUAAGAUGCUUGAAGCUAGAGGGAUUGUUGGUCUAAAGAAAGCCAAGGAGGCCAGACUUAUUAAAGUAUCAUUAAAGAUUGAUGAAAAGGAAGUUGAAUAUGCACUUCAAGAUAAAACUCUACUAUCUACAAUUCUACAAACCAGUAAUGCAUAGAAUUCAUUAAAAUAAACUACUAUAUUUACAUGUAAAAAGACUAGCUAAAUUCUAUUGUAUAAAAGGCACUGUUUUACUUUUAUAGGACAACMAAUUUAAAAAUAUUUUCUAAGGAAGACAAAUUUUGUG